UAGUUUGGUGCCCUUUGUUUUCUAUUUAUCUCAGUGUGAGAAUAAGCUUAUAUGUGUGACUUAAGGUCUCAGAUCACGUGUGAAACCACCUGAUAAUCAAGCAAACAAAUUCUGUGUGUAAAACUGACUUCACGUACUCAAGCAGAGAAGACCUCCCCAGAGAAUCAUCAGUCUCCUGGUCUGCAGAACAGACAGAAGCAACAUGAGCACAGCAGGAAAGGUAAUAAAAUGCAAAGCAGCUGUGCUGUGGGAGACAAAGAAACCCCUUUCCAUUGAGGAGGUGGAGGUUGCCCCCCCUAAGGCCCACGAAGUUCGUAUUAAGAUGGUGGCUACGGGAAUCUGUCGCUCAGAUGAUCAUGUGAUUGCUGGAACCAUUGUCUCUCCUCUCCCUGUGAUUCCAGGCCAUGAGGCAGCUGGCAUUGUGGAGAGCAUUGGAGAAGGGGUGACUACAGUAAAACCAGGUGACAAAGUCAUCCCUGUCUUUAACCCCCAGUGUGGCAAAUGCAGAGUUUGUAAACACCCAGAAAGCAACUUCUGUCUGAAAAGCGAUUUGAGAAAGUCUAAGGGGACCUUGGUGGAUGGCACCACGAGGUUCACCUGCAAGGGGAAGCCCAUCCACCACUUAUUGGGUACCAGCACCUUCUCCCAGUACACAGUGGUGGAUGAGAUCUCGGUGGCCAAAAUCGAUCCAUCUGCACCACUGGAAACAGUCUGCCUAAUCAGCUGCGGAUUUUCAACUGGUUAUGGCUCUGCAGUCAAAGUCGCCAAGGUCACUAAGGGCUCCACCUGUGCUGUGUUUGGCCUUGGAGGCGUUGGUCUGUCUGCUAUCAUUGGCUGUAAAGCAGCAGGAGCAGCCAGGAUCAUUGGAGUGGACAUCAACAAAGACAAAUUUGCAAAGGCCAAAGAGUUGGGUGCCACUGAGUGCAUCAGUCCUCAAGACUAUGACAAACCCAUCCACGAGGUGCUACAGGAUAUGACUGACGGGGGCGUGGAUUUUUCAUUUGAAGUCAUUGGUCGCCUGGACACCAUGGUUUCUGCCCUGGCAAGCUGUCAUGAUGCAUGUGGUGUGAGUGUCAUUGUAGGGGUGCCUCCUGAUUCCCAAAACCUCUCAAUGAACCCUAUGGCGCUAUUGACUGGACGCACCUGGAAAGGAGCACUAUUUGGUGGCUUUAAGAGCAAAGAUUCUAUCCCCAAACUUGUGGCUGAUUUUAUGGCUAAGAAGUUUCCAUUGGAUCCAUUAAUCACCAAUGUUUUACCUUUUGAAAAAAUUAAUGAAGGAUUUGAUCUGCUUCGCUCUGGAAAGAGUAUCCGUACUGUCCUGACGUUUUGAGAAAAUACCGAUGCCUUCCCUGACAGCAGUUUUUUGACUCCUCCAUGCCACAGCGUCUGGAGCACCUGCCAUCAUGAAUUCUGUUCUUUACAGAAAUGAUCAGUAAAUUCCUGGUAGAAGCUUUCCAAAAGAAAUAUAAAUGCCCAUGAAAUCAUUUUUCAAUCAAAUGUUUAAAAUCUCCAAUAGAGAGCUGUUAAACACCAGCUGGGAAAAUGAGGCUACUACACUUUCCCUCUUAGUCAUUCUACUUGUGUCACCUUUCCUACUGAGGAAAGACAUCUUCUAAUUUCCUGUAUUUUUUCUAUCUUUUUGAUCAUCAAUCACUGAAACUUAUGGAGGGGAAAUUACUCCUCCAAGAUACACAUCAAAGGCUGUUGUGCUAAAAAAUUUCCACCUCUACCUCUGUCUCCACUGUCUGUUUUCAUAUUUAUGAAAGUAUCAAAGCCCUAGAGAAAAGCAGAGGGGAUUAAGUUGAGGAUUUUGCUCAACAGUAGAGUGAUUGCCUAUCACACAUGAGGCCUUGGGUUCAAUCCCAGCAUAAAAAAAAUAAAAGAUAUAAAUCUUUUAAAUCUAGGGAAUUUCUUAGUAAAUCAAAGGGAAUCUCACACAUGUUCAUAUGGUAACCUGUUCUAUACUACUUUAUUGGCAGUGAUUAUAAAUUGCUCUCUUAAAUAAAAACAAGUGUCAUUCUUGAUGUGAUAACUCUGAAAUACUUAACACUUCCAGAAAUCAUCCAUAGGCAAACAAGAAUAACAUAGAUGAUAUAACAUGUACUAGUUUACAAGUCAUCAAAGUUUCUCUAAGACUCGAAAGUUGUCUCAACAGAAUUUCUAGACCAUUACUCAAAAGUUAAAGCUAGAGUGAGUUUGUAUGUGAUAAUGACAUACUUCUGAUUAUUCCAUUUUCUUAAGAAAUGAUUGUUGUACCUUUGUCACUCUAUUAUAAACUCUCCUGGACAUUUUCUGAAAAUAUUAAGUGAACAACUUCAUCAAGUUACAUUAAAAUCUAUUAGUGUAACAAAUACCAGCAAUAUUCAGGUAAUAGAUACUGCAUAAGAGGAGAAGCAAGGAAGCAAAUACUCGUGAGGCAGGAAUAAUGUUAGAAUUGUAGCAGUACAGCUAGGACCAUACACUAUUCUGAGUAGAUGAAUGGUCACAUCCUGACUUUCUCCUUUCAUUCACCUGGGACUAAGAAUCCAGUUCACAGCACUGUCAUCAUUAUUAAGAGAACCAGAGGUUGCUCAAUAACUCACAAAGGUACUCAGAACUAAGUUAUAGAGAGUGAGGAAGAACUGCCUUCUAUCCCUCCUUGCUCCUUGAAGUUUCUGACAUAUCAACAAAUAAACAGUAGCUUUAUUAUCAACAAAAGCAGGUCACAGAGAUCUUCAGGAAAAUCUAA